AUGUUGAUGCACGACCUAAAGGAGCUGGAAACCGUGGAUGAGCAGCAACUCGACAGGGACAUCGCCCAGAUGGAGCGCGACAUUGAGGCGAUUCGUCGGACUCAUCCACAUUGUGUCCCGCCACCAAUUCCGGUCCGCCCUCGACGCCCAUCGCCGGAGCACGAAGAGUGGAAAUGCGCCAGCCAGCACUGCCAGGCGGCCAACCAUUUCGAGAUGUACAGGUGUAUAAAAUGUGGGUUGCCCCGGAUGGCAAUUCCCCCAGAAGAACGCCGACGAUGCCCGUGCCAUAAAUGUCGAACCGAUGGGGAGCGAUUAUCGGUGGCGCCGGCGGGCGGGGAUGACGACUGGAUGCUCGUCAACCAA